GUACUACCGGGAUGCCAUGGAGCAGUGCCACAGGAUGGGGCUCAGGGUGAUGGGAAUGUGGCUGAUCCCGGUGUUUUCCAGGCUGGGGGAGCAGUACUACCGGGAUGCCAUGGAGCAGUGCCACAGCUACAACGCCCGGCUCUGCGCCGAGCGCAGCGUCCGCCUGCCCUUCCUCGACUCCCAGACCGGCGUCGCCCAGAGCAACUGCUACAUCUGGAUGGAGAAACGGCACCGCGGGCCCGGUACGGGAACAGUCUGGGAAUACGGCCGGGGACAGCGGGAACACCCCGGGAAUACGGCCGGGGACAGCGGGAGCACCCCGGGAAUACAGCCAGGGACAGCGGGAACACCCCGGGAAUACGGCUGGGGACAGUGGGAACAGUUUGGGAAUAUGAUCAGGGACAGCGGGAACACCCCGGGAAUACGGCCGGGGACAGCGGGAACACCCCGGGAAUACGGCCGGGGACAGCGGGAACAAAGGAGUUUUUUGAGGGAAAUCUUGGAGUUUCCGGAGGUUUUGGUGGGAAUUGUGGGGUUCCAACGGCUGCUUUCCCAGGGCAAAGGCGUGGGAGGGGCCCGGAAGAAGUUGGACGCCGCCAUCCUGGAGGACCGGGACAAACCCUACGCCUGCGACAACAGUUACAAACAAAAGCAUUCCUUGAAACCUCCCGACCGAGUCUGCGGGAAGCGCUACAAGAACCGGCCGGGGCUGAGUUACCACUACGCCCAUUCCCACCUGGCUGAGGAGGAGGGGGAUGACAAGGACGAUUCCCAGCCCCCCACGCCCGUCUCCCAACGCUCCGAGGAGCAGAAAUCCAAGAAGGGCCCGGACGGGUUGGCCCUUCCCAACAACUACUGCGACUUCUGCCUGGGGGACUCCAAGAUCAACAAGAAGACGGGGCAGCCCGAGGAGCUCGUGUCCUGCUCCGACUGCGGGAGGUCAGGGCACCCGUCGUGCCUGCAGUUCACGCCGGUGAUGAUGGCGGCGGUGAAGACGUACCGCUGGCAGUGCAUCGAGU